CAUCUUGCUGCUGCUGCAUCCUGCUGCUGCUGCAUCCUGCUGCUGCUGCAUCUUCAUGCACGCUGACUUGUAGGGCAGCAGACAUGCGCAUACGACGCACACUUCUAUCUGUGUUCACUUCACACAUACGCUCUCAGAUGAGACUGAAAGCAGCCACAAGAAGCUGCUCGCUGAACUUAGACUGAGGUUCAGCCACACAGGAUUCUUUUUUUUCUUUCACGUGAACCUUUGAUGGGUGCUGCUUCAAGGCUUGAAGCCCCUGAAUUUAACCCCCAACCCCUGCUGCCGCCACCACCUCUGCACAACUCAGCAUGGCCAAAAGUGAGUGAGCGGCUGAGGGUGGAAGCAUGAUGAAAGGUUUCAAGCUUAACUGUACUGCCACUAACUCAAACCGAAGCACACCUGCUGGCUCACCCGUCCUGCAGAAAGGCCCUCGCCCGUCGACACCUCAGCUGAGCCCAGAGUCCGACGGCACCAUGGUGGAGAAGGGCUCAUCGGACCAGGCCUCUGACCGCUCCCCUACCAGCCCAGAACAGGUGAUUCAGCAACAGACGUCCCAGCAGCAACGUACCUACUCCCAGUCCGUUCCCACCGGCAACACCAGCACGCGCAGCGGUGGCAAGAACUCCAAGUUUCACAAGCGGCACACUAAAAAAAGUCAGAGCUGGUACAAUGUCCUGAGUCCCACCUACAAGCAGCGUAAUGAAGACUUCCGGAAGCUUUUCAAACAGCUGCCAGACAGCGAGCGCCUCAUUGUGGAUUACUCGUGUGCCCUGCAGAGGGACAUCCUCCUGCAGGGACGCCUCUACCUCUCAGAGAACUGGAUCUGCUUCUACAGUAACAUUUUCCGCUGGGAAACUCUGCUAAUGGUUCGACUGAAGGAUAUUUGCUCCAUGACCAAGGAGAAGACAGCCCGCCUCAUCCCCAAUGCCAUCCAGCUGUGCACGGACAAUGAGAAGCACUUUUUCACCUCAUUCGGGGCGAGGGAUCGGACCUACAUGAUGAUGUUCAGACUGUGGCAGAAUGCUCUCAUGGAAAAGCCUCUAUGUCCAAAAGAGCUGUGGCACUUUGUCCACCAGUGUUACGGUAAUGAACUCGGCCUCACCAGUGAGGAUGAAGACUACGUCCCUCCUGAUGAGGACUUCAACACCAUGGGCUGUUGUCCAUCUCCAUGGUGCAGGUACUGUGAAGAGCUGCCAGUGGAAGACAAUAAUGACCCCAACGACACCAGCAACACCAUCACCAAGAACAUUGAGGUCCAACCCGACAUCAGCCCUGUUCUGCCCCAUGAAGAGUUUCCCAACACUGCCCUACCAGAACUGUCCAGCACUGGAUCUCCAGUUCCCCAGUAUGAGCCGCCCCUGUUGGAGGACGUGUCCGGACCGCUCCCGGACACCGACCUGCUGGCCCUCCCCAUGCCUGAGAAUAGAAGCAGUCAGGUUAACAGCCAUGCCCCUUCACCAUCAUCAGACCUUCUCGACCACAAGGACCUGCCCACUGAGCUCAGUGACUCAUCUGAGACGCAUGACGAAGGUGAGGUGCAGGCGUUCCACGAGGACCUGAGUGGAAGACAAUACAUCAACAGGGUGUACAAAUUUGGUGUGGACAAAAUGUACGACAUCCUUUUCACAGAAUCUGACUUCAUGGCAGACUUUCUGGAGCAGAGGAGGUUCUCAGAUGUGGUUUAUCGCCCAUGGACAAAAGAACAGGAUGAGAACCAGACCAGAGAGAUCAUGUACACCAUUGCCCUGAGUAAUCCCCUCGCUCCAAAGACUGCCACAGUCACUGAGACACAGACUUUGUACAAGGCAAGUCAGGAGAACGAGUGCUACAUCAUUGAUGCAGAGGUUAUCGCCCACGACGUGCCGUACCACGACUACUUCUACACACUCAACCGCUACACGCUAACACGGGUGGCCAAGAACAAGUGCCGUCUGAGAGUAUCAACUGAACUCCGGUACAGAAAGCAGCCGUGGGGGCUUGUGAAAGGAUUCAUCGAAAGAAAUUUCUGGAGUGGACUGGAUGAGUACUUCAGACAUUUAGAGGCGGAGUUGAAUAAAGUAGAUGUGGUGAUAAGGGAGCCCCAUCGACAGUCUCCCAAAACCAAAGCGAUGAGGACCGGCACCAGCUGGAGGAGGAAACGAACCCUGGUCCAUCACCGAAGGUCAUCAGGCAACAUCGAAGAGAUGUUGAGCCGCGUCAGUAGGCUGGAGGACGAAGAUGAAGAUGAUAUCCUCCACAACAAACACAGGGCAGGCUCUACGCAGACUCGACAUGUUCCUGAAGCUGCAGGAGGUCUGGUGCUCUACAGUUUUUCCAAACUACUGCUUCUCUUCAGCCUUGUGAUCUGUAUAAGCCUGGUCCUUCUGGUGUUUCUCAACAUGAUGCUGUUCUACAAGCUCUGGAUGCUGGAGGACACUGCACAGAGUCUCACUGCUGUGCAGGAGCUGCAACCACACGAACGAAAAAUUCCUCAGACCCAGCUGGAGUGGGUUCAACUGCUGGACUCACAGCAGUGUUACCAUGACAAUGAGCUCCAGAAGUGGAAGCAGAUAAUCCAGUCAUCAAUGCUGCUGCUGGAUGAGCUAAAGGACUCACUUAUUCACCUGCAUAAAAGCAUUGGCCUCAGGGACUACAACGCUGAGUCAGACAAAAGAAGAGAUCAGUAUCACUGAUUAAUCAUCUUGAGAUGUCGAGACCUGACGUGUGCAAUAUUCACUAUUUCUGAGCCUGUAAAAAAACACAAAGUGAGCAGUCCACUGAACAAAACAAGAGCUGAAGAGGAC